UCCCUCCUCCCCUCGAAGCCUGGUCCUCCCCAUUCUCUCUCUCUCUCCUCAUGCUCUGAAGUACGCAUGCUCCCGCAGACACACACCAUUAGAAUCUGCAAGAUGGCGAUGACAAAGCUAGCAAGCGCUUUCAUCCUCUUCACAACAUACUGCUGCAGGUCAAUGGCAGUGGAACUGACUUCAAAUAACCAGCACCCUGUCGUGAACGAGUUCCAGAGUGUUGAGUUGUCCUGCAUUAUAAAGUCCAUUUCCACUCCUGACCCCAGGAUUGAGUGGAAAAAGUUCCGGGGUGGCGACACCACCUAUGUUUAUUUUCAGGGUAAAAUUUCAGGAGCAUUGGAGAACAGAGCGGAGUUGAGAGGGACCUCAUCUUUAGUAAUUCACAACACAACCAGAACUGACUCGGCCACCUACCGCUGUGAGGUGUCAGCCCACCUGGAUGAGAAAAAAUUAGACGAGCUGUCCAUUGAGCUAACAGUACAAGUAAAGCCAGUGGUGCCGAGGUGCAGUGUGCCCCAGUCUGUGCCCGUGGGGAAGUCUGCAUCUCUGACGUGUGUGGAGACUGAGGGCUUUCCACUGCCCACGUACCACUGGUACCGUGACAACGAGCCCCUUCCUGACAACCCCAAGAGCAGCCCCAAAUUCUUCAACUCCUCCUACACAGCGGACCCCAAGGAUGGGACUCUGAAAUUCAGUGAGGUGAAGAAGAUUGAUGCCGGAGAGUAUUACUGUGUGGCCAAGAACCCUGCAGGAAUGGCCCGGUGUGGGCCCCAGCUGAUGGAAGUCUAUGAUAUUAACAUUGCGGGCAUCGUGGGUGGCGUGCUGGUGGUGUUGACUGUUCUGCUGUUGAUAGCAAUCGGGAUCUCUUGUGCAUAUAAAAGAGGUUACUUCGUAAGCAAGCAGCAGACAGGAAAAAAUUACAAACCCCCUGCUAAAGGAGAUGCAGUGGAUUCCAAGCAAGAGGAGGAGGGAGAUUUCCGACACAAGUCCUCGUUUGUUAUUUGAAAACCCAGCGAACAGAAGACAAAAAAACAGGAGAAAAGUCAAAAGCAAAAUACCUCCUUAUUGAACUCUUUGGCUUGUGUAAUAGCGAAAUGAGCCGCUGGUGAAAAAAGUAUUUUUGAAGUGUGCUACGAAACUACAUGAGUUUGCCAAAGGUGAUGACAGCUAUUAUUUAACAACUAACCUCAGCACUAAGCGCUUGCUUUUCCUUAGCAGAUCCAGAGCUUUAGGUCUACAGAAACCAAUAGUCUUUGCUUUUGACCCUGUUUGUUAAUAAUAGCGUGUUAACAAGCUAAUUUAGUUGUAGGUUCGGGUAUGUACAGUACAUUUUAAUAUACUGUAUACUAAAGUUGUAAUUGUGUCAUCAAAUGCUCCAGAUGGUUCUAAAAUAUGAUUUAAAAAAUAAGAGACAGAAGCACAAGUCUCCUGCUUGAUUCAGUCAAACAGAAUUGUUCUGCAAUGUGUUGCUUUGUAUUGUAGCUCUCUAUAAUAAAAAAGUACUCUCACACACACACACACGCCAUCAGAAUAAUCUCCCAACCACUGCAGGUCAGCUUCUAGUACAAGCACAGGUUUGGAAGCUCAAUUUAAAAAGCGUAUGUUAAUAUUGAAAUCAUCUGGCUAAAUACCUGUUGUCAUUUAUAUAAUGUGUACCUUUUUUAUUUUAUCAGCAAAGUUUCAGUCGAACUAUUUUUGAUGGAAUAUAUUUUAAAAUGCCUAUAGAUAAAGUUUUACUUUUUAUAAUACUUGUAUAAUACUAGCACUAAAUCCAAGUUGUUUUUUUUUGACGUAGUUUAGUUCUGAAAUUAACUUUCACAUUUAUAACCACUCUGUAUGCAAGAUUUAUAAUUUUACAAAUCUAACAAUGUUAACCAAUAAAGACAAUGGUUGUAUGUUGUUCAGUACUGCCACAGCAUAUCAAAGUAUUGGGUUUGUAAACACCCGUAUUACACCAUAUGAAAUUAACUACUGGUGUUUACAUCUACAGAGGUAAUAAAAAGAUGCAUUUGCAAGUUUCUUUUUAAUACUAGAGUAUAUAUGUGUUACCAGCUAUGGAUGAAUUGCAUGGAUGGUAUAAAUGUAAAGGACCACCCGAAAGUGUUGGUUAAUGUAUAUUGUUAAUGUACAGUCUUAUGGGAGGUAAGGAAGAAAUGUUCACAGGAUCCCAGUUUGUUUCAGGUAGACACUGUCUUCUUGGAUCGUUGCAGUGUGUUCUUAAUUUUAAGUGACCACCUGUGCCUGCUAACUGUUUGUGUAAAUAUAAGAUAUUCAUUCCCUGGAUGGCUUAUUUUUUUUUUUAAUUAGUAUAAAAUAAACAAAAGUAUUACAAUUACAGAAAUUAACUAAAAUAAUGCACCUUUCUAGGGCAUGUACUUCAUGCUGAACAGUGAAUGAUUGUGCUGGUUGUCUCUGUGUAAUGUUUAUUAAAGCAUACAAGCACAUGCAUGAAAUGUACUACAUGGUUUAAUUGCCAUGUUAUGAGUUGCUUUUGUUUCAUACUCUUCUUAUGAACUGUUUAUGAGCUCUUUGUGUGACUUGAUGCCAAUGGAAGUAGAGAGUAAUAGGUGCAGAUUGCUGGCAGCGUUACCACUAUUUUGAUGCUCUUAAUGUAAUGUGUGUGUUUUUUUACAUGUCUAUACUCUUGUAUUAUUUUACUGUGUUUGCAAUCAUUAUCUAGGGGUCUGGGUUAUGAUGAUCCAAUAUUAUCAUUAUUCUAAAUCUGCCUUCACCUGGCUUUGAGCUUGUCUGGAGAAGCUAAAGUCCCAGGACUGAAGAGGCUUCCUCAUUCCAUUCAAAGCAAGAGACUGCUUUAGGGAACAAUGAGAACCCAGCAUUGGAGAAACAGAACCCAGAGCCAUUCAGACUGACUGCAAACACCACAGAAUAGCAAGAGCAACGUACAAAAUCAAUUCAAAGAUGCGUUUCAACAGGCUUGCUCUUUCAAGCAUUCAUAGAAUUAGUAGCAGCUAUUUCAUCAACCAAACCUUACAUAAAACACGAACAUCCAGUGCAAGACAGACAGUGCAAAUGGCAACAUUUCAGUGUCACAACUUCUGAAUGUAAAAUGACAGCAUGGCUUGUCAGCAUUGAGCAUUGUGUAGAUCUUCUGAAGACAAUACUGCAUUCAGUCACCUCAUAAUCCCUAAAGUAUAGUUCUCAAAAGUACUAGUAUUUACCAAUAAGCCAUUUGAUUAUACAACUUGCACUAUACUUAUACCUCUCACGUGCCUUUCGUUGCAGGCAGCGUUUUGUAUUCUGUAACCCGAAUCUGUGAAAGCAUUGUUCUACUAUGUAUCCUAGACCGUUCUGACCAGCACUCUUACACAUUGUACUAUCAGCAAGAACAAGCUGGGUUUAGUCACUUGCAUGGCAAUAAAAUGUUCAAAAGAGCAGAAUUGUGUUCCAGUGAGCAAUAACACGAGUUAUCAGGUAGAACGGCUCAAUACAAAACUGGUAUUGCAUUCCCACAGCUGCUGGAAAAUGUGGCUGUGUAAAAAUCUGAAACUAUGCAUUGCAUGAUUUAAAAUGAGCCAAAACCCAACAGAAUCAUUUUUACUCUACAGUAAAGUACCCUACAGUGAGCGUCUUUCUUAUAGGGUUAACAUUUCUGUAUGUUGGUUAGGAUCCUGAGAGCUAUACGCAAUCUCAAUUACACAGGGCACAGUUCCAACAAUGUUCUUUUAAAACAAAUUAAAAGAUUAGCUGCAUGAAAUAGGACUGUAAUUGAUUUUGUUUUUACUGCCUGUGAAAAUGUACAACAUAUCUCCUGGAAGUUUAUUUUGUAAAUAGCCAGCCUUUCCAGUAGAUUUUGAAUAUUAUUUUUUAGAUUGUAUAAAUAAAAAAAAUAGAAUAGGAUACUUUUUUUUUUUUAUGAUGUAUUUAGUGCCUAAACUAGUAACACAAUUCUGAGUAGAAAAAAAACUUCCUGAAUAAGGUUGCUGAAGCAGGAAAUGUUUGCAGAAACCGGUUACCAUCUAUAUACCACAAGGCCAUAGCCAUCUUUUGUAGAGUUCUCUGGGAAUGUUUAAAAAAAAAAAAAAAAAAAAAAAUUAAUACCACUUGUCAUCUUUUGUGUGAAGCCUUACUUUUAAAAAGGCAGAAACAGUGUUAUUAAAAAAUAAAAAAAAACUUGAGGAUGGCACUGCUCAUGUAGUUACCAUCCUUGUCUCAAUUGCCUCAGUGUUAAAAGACCUUUUGUAUUAAUGCUUGAGAAAUGCAUUAAAAAGAAAAGGUUUUUUUUUUUUUGUUUCAUUUUUUCAAUUACCCAACUGGUAACGACUUAUGUCAAAAGACUUUGAGAACAAGAUCGAUGGUGUGGUUGGUCCCUCGCUUCUGUUGGUUUUUCUUUUUGAAGUUUUGAGUUCCAUUUGCAAACCCUUGUACAAAACUAAAAGUGUGAAUUCCAAAACUGUAUGUUUGUGAUUUAAUAAUAAAACUCACUUUUACAACUG